AUGAACUUGAAAUAUUCUGUGUACAUCGUGCUGCUUCUAUUUAGCAAUGAAAAUUCAGUAUAUGCUGAUCAAGUUAGGAUAUUUAACUUAAAUGACCCAGUAUUAAGCUGUAGCGGGUGGCUAUCUAACAUAAUAUUUAAUAUUUGUAAUAACACUUAUAAAAUAGUGAAGAGGGAUACUUCUCUUAUGAUAGAAAAAAUGGCACCAAAAGACUUACAGAAAGAGACAGCAAGACUGCAAUUAGUUGACGAGGGCCAAUGGAGGCGCGUGCGCAGACAGGUGGCGACACAGUGCUGUGACAGGGCAUGUACUGUCGCAGACAUCAUCACUUACUGCCCAAACGAUGCCAAACUAGUACAAGAAAAUCCUGAAAUAUUUGAAUAA